AUGCGAACGAAGGGUACAUCGUCAUUCGGUAAGCGGCGAAAUAAGACACACACCUUGUGUCGUCGAUGUGGGUCCAAGGCGUACCACCUGCAGAAGUCUACCUGUGGGAAAUGUGGUUACCCUGCUAAGCGCAAGAGAAAGUAUAACUGGAGCGCAAAGGCUAAAAGACGCAACACCACUGGUACUGGUCGUAUGAGGCACCUGAAAAAGGUCUACCGUCGAUUCAGGAAUGGAUUCCGUGAGGGAACCACACCGAAGCCCAAGAGAGCAGCUGUUGCAGCCUCCAGUUCAUCAUAAAGACUCAUCUAUUUGUUGAAAUAAAUGGUCUUACCCAGAAAAU